UUGAUUUCGCCUGGGUAUCGUCACACAGCGUGUCAGUCGUGCAAGUCAGCCCCAAUCGAGUGACUCGGAUAACAGGCGAAAUCAACACAAGAAAACUUUGUGUCGGCUAGUAAGUGCUCUAAUACCACCUACCAGAAGCAGCGCAAGAUAUGUUAAGCCAGAUCGCUCUUCUUGCUUCUCCGCCUACAAAUGCCCGCAACUUCCUCAUUACCGAUGCAUACGGCCGCGGGACUCAUAACGCACGGGGGGAGGCGUGGCUUCAAUCAAUUGUUGAUGGUCUCGUCGCAUUCCGCUCUCAGGAUCCUCCAUUGAAUCUGGCUUUUGUCAAUUUUGCGACCAUCUGGGACGGGGUGCUUGGAUCUGAUCCGGGCUAUGAGGCUUUUGGGUACACGAACCCAGGUGCAUGCUUCAUUGAUGGCAACACCUGCGAUGACCCCGAACAUUACUUCUGUUGGUUUGACGGGCAUCCUUCCAAACAGACUCAUAGGAUCAUGGCGGACUACGUGGAGGAGGUACUGACGCAUUGUCGCGUAUAAUUAAUCAUAAACCUAGGUCUUUCAAUGUAUGUACUAUCUUCGAGUAACAUCAUGUAGCACACAGUAGUGUUCAUCAGCAGCGCUAUCGAGCGCCAUGUAAAUGAUAGAAGGG